UUGGUCACGGCGGAGGUCGAACGGUAUAAAAGUAGGGACAGCGUCCGGACACAUCAGAACAGCUGACCGGCUUCGAGUACCGCAAGGUCCCGUCCGACACGAGGUAGAUAUCCACUUGUUUCGCUUUUAUUUCGCUUUCUCUUCUAGCCUUAGGCCCCGACUUCAGUAUUUUACAACUCUGCACUUUCUAAUGGAAAUUUUCCAGAUUCGUUCGAGAUUUCCGCGGAAUUUUUGGCUCCCUCGACCGGGCCACCGCCGGGCUCUUUUCUAAGGUCGGUGCCCGUUUGCCAGCGCGGAGCGUCGGAGGACGGCGGAGACGAAUAAAAGUAUUUGCGCCCGGUUAAGAACUGGAAGGUUACCAUCGCGUGAUAGCCGCUAUUAAGGAGACGACUGGGCGAAUUUGUUGUCGGUAAGGUUGCUAGGCAACGCAAAGUAGAACCAGGUACAGAUACCACAUGGCACAUGGCACCGGCGGAGAUCAAUAACCAAAUGGUUGCAACUGGGUUAAACGCGUCCCGAUGUUAGUCAUAAAAUAACCAAUCGGGUUUCGUCCCGGGAUGACGCCGGCUGGGCUCCCGUCGUGCCUAGCGCCGGGGAGACGGCGUGUCUGGCCGGGGGGCGCCACGUCCCCCUGCGCCACCGUCAUCCCGCUCGUUACAGGUGGCCCCCGCUCCGGGAUCUCAGUUUCGGCCCGGGACCAGGCCACGCCGGACCCGGAAAACUUUGCCGGAGGAACCCCACCAGCGGGCGAAGGAGGAGACAGAAGAGAGAAUGGAGCCUCACUCCCUGUGUGGAAGACUAGUGAUUUUGUUGUUUUAUUGGAAACAAACAAGAAAUCACUAUCUUCCAACAGUGUUUGAGAAAAAGCGACGACUGCAAGAUCCCCGA